UGGCGCGACUUUUGCUUGUUUUUUAAAAGUUAUGCCAUUUUUAUGCAAAAUUUUAAUGGAAAAUCUUUAAAUCGGUUGUUGGAAUGUCUGCCGGAAGACGUCGUUUAGAAAAUGCUAUUCAAAUUGGCAGAGAUAUUGACUCUCGCCUGGAGGAAAGCGAUAGUUCGUCAGGAUUAAGUAAAAUUUCAAGCGUUCAGGACAUUGAUUUUGGUGAUAUCGGUGGCGUAUUUUGCAUCAAUUUCUCCUCAGAUGGCGAGUUUUUUGCUGUGGGCUGUGGAAAUAGUGCUAUACAGGUGUAUUCUGUGAAACAAGGGAAAAAACGACGACCAUUGCGUCAUGGAUCGAAUUUUGGUCUUCCAGUUACUGGUGCUAAGUUUUACCCAUUCAACUCCAAUCUUCUCAUAACAACAGAUUCACAAGGUGAUAUAACAGUCUGGGAUUUAACUGACUGGACACAAAAACGAAAAAUAUUUGAAAAAGGAAAUGAAAUUGAGACCUUGGACUUCUCUCAUGAUGGGAAGAUUUUUGCAACAGCUGGGAAGGACAGAACUGUGCGAAUUUAUGACAGUGAUCAGUUGGAUGUUAUAAAGGAUUUUCCUGGGACUGGAAUUUUAGACGAAGAUACUUCUGAGCUCACAGAAUUUGGCCAUGGACGAAAAGUCUUUGCUCUGAAGUUCCAUCCUUUUGAUGAUAAUGUGUUCAUCACAGGUGGCUGGGAUAAAUGCAUCAAGGUGUGGGAUAUUCGAACAGCACAUUCUGUGAGAACGAUUUGGGGCCCCUAUAUCUGUGGGGAUGCGUUGGAUAUGUGCGUGGAUAAUAUUCUCACUGGAUCAUGGGUCGCUGAUGAUGCCUUGCAGAUCUGGGAUUUUAAAAGUGGUAAUCUGGUUGAAACCGUACCGUUUCCCUCAGAGAAAGGCGCAUUUCUCUAUUGUGCUCGGUUUUUAAGUAGUGACUUGCUCGCCGCUGGAGGAAGUGGAACGAAAGAUUUGAAGCUUUUAUAUCGCCAUACACAUGAGGUCGCCGGUUGUUUGGACAACGAUGGCCGAACCAUCCAAGCUUUGGAUUCUACAGAUAAUGGUCAUUUACUGGCCAUGGGUAGCACUGGCAACCAUAUACGACUGGCCAGUAUUCUCUGACCAUCAACUAUCACGCUGUUUGUUUUUGCUCAGCCGUUAACCAGCUGCUUCAAUCGCCGUGUAAGAAAUAUUUGCUUUCAGCUGUUUUAAAAUAAUAUAUUAUAAUGUAUAGCUUUUAAAUAUUCUUGUUUAUUAUAUCAUUCUUUGGAAUUGACGACGUUUUUUGGUUUAAAGUACAUACUUCGGUUAUACCCAGUUAUACCA